CGCAAGGCCUGGCAGGUGUUCUUCGCGGUGAAUGUGAACUCCAUCGGCGCGCUCGAGAGGGAGACAGGCUGGCGCGUGGGCAUUGCGCCCAGCGUCGGGGCCAAGGGCGGCUGGAGCGCGGGGGCCCUCCACGCUACUGUGCCGUCCGUGGGGAUCACCAACGGCAAGGGCCAGUGGGGCAUCUCGCCACCGGAGUCCAAGGGCCGCUUGGCGAGCGGCGCGCUCGCGGCCAUCAGCAAGCAGGGCGUCGCCGUCGUCGGCUCCGCGCGCCUGUGGGUCAGCGAGGGCAUGGCGGUCAGGAACAAGGCCAUCCUGAGGAACUCCACCAGCGCCGCGCGCGCAGCGGGCCGCGAGUCGGUCCUCGGUGGCGACUUCAACAUGGGCCCGACAGAUCUCCAGGAGGCAGGUGUGCUCAACGGGAUGGGAGGGAUCACGGUGUUCGACGCGCACAUGGGAUCAUGCACUACGAUGGGGGUAAGUCGCAACAGGGACUACUUCAUCAUAUCUAAGGCACCGGCAGGCAGUGCCAUCGCAGCGAAGGUGCAGGACCAGUACAACGCGGCGCCGUGCGCGCCCGUCCUCCUCCGCGUGCCAGAGCAGUGCGAGCAGACAGGCAUGGGCGACAAGUGGGGCCUGCUGGGGACGACCUACGAGGACCUCCUCAGCAGGCGCCGCAACUUCGUCGGCGCAGAUCACUACGAACGAAGGGGCCACCAGCAGCUCCUCACCUACGUCUGGGAGGCGCUGAAGACGCCCAACGUAGAGCAGGCCUCGAUGGGGCAGAAGUGGGUCGAGACCUUGCGCUGGGCUCGCCGCAACGCCAAGGGCAUCCCCGACAAGGCUAUCAUCGCGCCGCUGCUGGAGCGGCCCCGCCCCGCCUGGAGCGACCGCCUCGAGCGCGAGGUCGACGGCGACGCGGGCGCCUGCGAUGGCGACGCUGAUGCGAGCGGCAUCGGCGCAGACAUGAUCACCGCGCACCGCGUGGAGGUGGGCGACCUGAACCACCCCGAGAGUACCAUUCG